AUUGAGAUAUUUUCUUUUGUACUUUCGAGUUAGAUUUUGAUAAGCAAAAUAUAACUAGCUAGGUGAUUAUUCCCACUCUCUCUCACCCAUCACCAUGCCUCAUUUUCUCUCACUCAUCACCAUGCCUCGCAAGCGGAAGCAGCGACGAGGAGUCAGUGAAGAACACAGACGGGUGAAGAAGUCGAAAGUCCACAAGUUGCCUGCCUCGUUGCCUUCAGCUUCAGUAAGUGGCUUCACUGCAGUAGUGGGACUAAAUUCAGUUGAUCAAACGACCAAACUAGGCAAUGGAGUCCAAACGGAAUCUGCUGCUGUUUUGAGCAAGGUUCUUAGCGAUGAAUCAUUGGAAAGCUUCACCACUGACAGCUCGACAUCCUCACUCGCACAAGUUAGAGCAGCUUUCUAUCCUAAAUUUGAAAAUGAGAAGUCCGAUCAAGAGGUUAGGAAAAGGAUGAUAGAGAUGGUUUCCAAAGGCUUGGCUACAGUGGAGGUUUCACUCAAGCACUCUGGCUCACUUUUCAUGUAUGCCGGACACGAGGGAGGAGCAUAUGCCAAGAAUAGCUAUGGGAAUAUUUACACUGCAGUUGGUGUUUUUGUACUUGGGCGCAUGUUUUGCGAAGCUUGGGGUUCACAAGCCAGCGAGAAGCAAUCUGAGUUCAAUCAGUUUCUUGAGAGAAAUCGUAUGUGCGUAUCAAUGGAGCUCGUUACUGCUGUAUUAGGAGACCAUGGGCAACGUCCUCGUGAAGAUUAUGUGGUUGUGACUGCUGUCACAGAGUUGGGCAAUGGAAAACCAAAAUUCUACUCAACCCCUGAUCUUAUCAGUUUUUGUAGGAAAUGGCGUCUACCGUCGAAUCAUGUGUGGUUAUUCUCAACAAGGAAAUCUGUAAUGUCAUUUUUUGCGGCUUUCGAUGCACUCUGGGAGGAAGGAACAGCAACCACUGUAUGCAAAGCUCUUGAGGAAGUUGCAGAUAUAUCAGUACCUGGAUCAAAAGAUCAUACAAUGGUGCAGGGUGAGAUCUUGGAAGGUCUAGUGGCUCGGAUAGUAAGCCAGGGGAGCUCAGAACAUAUGAAGCAGGUUUUGAGAGACUAUCCUCCACCACCUAUGGAGGGAGUUGUUCUCGGAUCUAGCCUGCGUGAAGUAUGUGCUGCAAACAGAACUGGAAAGCAGCAAAUUAUGGCACUUCUUAAGAGUGUUGGUACAUCUUUCUGCCCAAACUAUUUGGACUGGUUUGGAAUUGAAGCCUCUGAUAGUCAUUCAAGAAAUGCAGAUCAAUCAGUUCUGUCAAAGUUUCUGCGAACCCGUCCAGCAGAUUUUUCUACUACCAAAUUACAGGACAUGGUUCGACUGAUGACAGAAAAGCGCUACCGUGCUGCUUUUAAGUUUUAUCAUAACUUUCAUAAAGUUGGCUCUGCCACAAAUGGCAGUCUUCAUCUUAAGAUGGUUAUAUGUGUACACGUUGACUCAACUUUUAAACGGUACCAGAAAGAGAUGAGGGAUAAUCCUGAUUUGUGGCCACUAUAUCGAGGUUUUUUUGCCGACCUGAACUUAUACGAGUCUAAUAUGGGAAGAGCUGUAGAGCUCCCCACGGUAACUAGUUCUAGGAGUGGCUUAAAUGGUGAAUCAGAAAAAGGUGAUUUAGCUGAUGAAGAUGCAAACCUGAUGAUCAAAUUGAAGCUCCUUCCGUAUAUGAUACGGACCUUUCUGAUUCGGAAUGGCUUGUCUAUUCUUUUUAAGAAAGGUGGAGCUGCAUACAAGAUGUACUACAUGAGGCAAAUGAAGUUAUGGAAUACUUCAGCAGCAAAGCGAAGGCAGCUCAGCAAGAUGCUGGAUGAAUGGGCUGUAUAUAUUUGUAUGAAAUAUGGACACAAACAACUGUCGUUGUCCACAUAUCUUAGUGAAGCAGAGCCAUUUCUUGAGCAAUAUGCAAAGCGCAGUCCCAAAAAUCAAGCUUUGAUUGGGUCUGCUGGUGGUUUGGUUAGAAAUGAAGAUUUCAUGGCCAUUGAUGAGGGAAUUCAAGAUGAGGAGGGUGACCUUGAACCAGAGAGAGAUAUAAUACCUUCAACUCCAACUCCCAUUGUCAAGGAAACCAUCGCUAAGGAUCACGGGCUUAUCGUUUUCUUUCCAGGAAUCCCAGGUUGUGCUAAGUCAGCACUCUGUAAAGAGAUACUGAGUUCCCCUGGAAGGCUUGGUGAUGAUCGUCCAGUGCAUAGUUUGAUGGGUGAUCUUAUCAAAGCGAGAUACUGGCCGAAGGUUGCUCAAGCGUACCGCAAGAAACCAAACUCUAUUAUGCUUGCUGACAAAAAUGCUCCCAAUGAAGAAGUUUGGAGACAGAUUGAGGACAUGUGUCUCAGCACAGGGGCAUCUUCUGUUCCGGUCAUACCGGACUCAGAAGGGACCGAAUCAAAUCCAUUCUCGCUCGAUGCUCUUGCUGUUUUCAUGUUCCGGGUGCUUCACCGUGCUAAUCAUCCUGGAAAUCUCGACAGUUCAACUCCGCAUGCUGGUUACGUGUUGUUGAAGUUCUACCAUCUUUAUGAGGGCAAGGACCGCGAGGAGUUUGAAACGGAGUUAAUAGAACGUUUUGGCUUGAUUGUAAAGAUACCUCUAUUGGAACCCAAAAGGCCUCCUUUACCUGAAACUGUGAGGUCUACUUUGGAGGAAGGAUUGAGUUUAUACAAACUUCAUAGCAGAGAACAUCGAAAUUUGGAUUCCUCUAAAGGCCAAUAUAUCGAUAAGUGGACUCAAUGGGAGAAGCAAUUACGCGAUACCUUGUCAGCAAAUUCUGAAUAUCUCAAUUCCAUUCAGGUCUCAUUUCGCGUCUCUGCUGAGAAAGUUAUCGAACAACUCAAAGCAAUCAUCGCAAAGGGAGAUCAUAAAGCACCUAGUAUUAGUAUUAUAAAACGGAAUCCUGGCGCCAUUGUCUUUGCUGCUGUCACUCUGCCUGUUUCAGAAAUCAUCAAUGUCAUUCACAAUUUAGGUAGGAAGGAUCACAGAGUUGAAGCUUUUCUGAGGGGCAAGGAUUUGGAAAGCAGCCUCAGAAAAUGCCACCUAACUCUGGCUCAUAGGCGAAAGCACGGUGUAGCUGCUGUGGCCAGUUUUGUGCCGUUUCUCAACCAGAAGGUUUCCGUUGCUGUGCGUGGGUUGCUGUUCUCGAAGAAGCUGGCAGCGUUGGAAGCUGAUCCCGGGGCAGUCGACGAGGAGAAGAUCAAUUCCAAGAAUGAAUGGCCGCAUGUGACAGUGUGGUGUGGUGAAGGUGUUGCAGCCAAAGAAGCAAGUACCUUGCCUCAGUUAGGUGCACAAGGAAAGGCCACUCGUGUUAAGAUCAAUCCACCCAUCACCAUCACCGGAGUUGUGGAGUUGUUCUGACUUUUUUUCAUUUUUUUAUCUCAAACUUUGGAUGCCCAAUUUUGCAGCAUGGAUUCUUAAUUAGGAUGCUGAUGAUCAAGGUAUAAUACUCAUAAUUUUAGUUUGAUGUGUAAAUAGCAACUAGCUGAAAUUUUUGACAGAGCAAACAGAUAAUAUCCUUCAUCAUCUGAAAAUAUUAAAAUAGUUUUAA